GCUAGACGUCAGAACACCCGGCUGUAUCCAUAGCAACGACAGCUUCCAAAGGCAGCACACGUCGAACUCAUAAGUUGCCGGCGGCAGGCGGUUUUGGUUUGUUCCUGUGUUCCGCAGUCCAGCAAAAACUUUGCCGAGUGGGAAGGACGAUCAGUCCGCGAUUAGUGACUCGUUAUCGGGCUACGAACUCGAAAAUUUUCAAACAUAAAAAAACUUUAGAUUGUGUUUUUCUGUUAAGGCGGGAUGUCACCAAAAGUCACGUGUUUGCGAGAAGUUUCGUACGGCUGCUGUGCUGGAUGGAAAUGAAAUUAACAGAGUUAAAUGAUACACGAGAUGGUUUGCUGCAAUUACCAUUAACAUGAGCCUACGAGCAUUUAUAAGCUAAUUUGUCUUCCGUUUUCUGAAAAUGACUUUACAAUGGGAUAAAUUAUCCCCACAAGAAUUUCAGCAGCUACAAGACCUAGCAGCAUACUCUACUAAAAAACUUCAAGAUGUAUUGGUCGAAUUUUGUGGAUCAGGACCACCGUACAAACACAAUCCUGAUGGGGAAAUCGACUAUGAAGGCUUCCACAAAUUCCUCGACACGUUCCUGGAGGUGCGAACUCCCGAAGAACUGUGUCGACAUUUAUUUCUGUCUUUCGUCAGACGCGGGGUGAAAGUCGAAGGUAAAGCCUUCAAGGAGAUGACUGUGCUUAGUUCAACGACAGCUUGUGCUCCCGUAACGUCGCAUAACAAAGGUUCAACCCCAAACGUUAACUCAAUUGGAGAACCUCCAAGACACACUGAAGAAAAAGCAACGACAUAUGGAGAAAUGAUUGUUGAGAAGAUUCAUGGCAUUGGAGAAAAAUUGCUGGGUCAUCAUAGGUCGGAUAGUGACUGUUCUACCAGAGGAAAAACAGGAACAGUUCAUCCUAUGUUAACGGUUACGCAUACUUCGUAUUCUUGUCACGAAGUCCUCGGAAAAAAGAGCACAGAUUCCUCUCCGUCCCACAGUCAGAUAUCUAGAAAUUCGUCUAAGAAGUCAAAUAACUCCCUUUUAGUAAAUAACGGAAAACUAGAAGAAAUGAAACACAUUGUGAGGAAGGCAAGCAUGUUGGAUGUGAAUCAAGUGAAGGUAUCUUUGAAAGACAUCGUUUGUUAUCUGUCACUCCUGGAAGCGGGGCGACCAGAGGACAAAUUAGAAUUUAUGUUUCGAUUAUACGACACUAAUGGAGAUGGUGUAUUAGACAAGAACGAAAUGGAUUGUAUCGUUAAUCAAAUGAUGACGGUGGCUGAAUAUCUUGGUUGGGAUAUUUCAGAACUUAAACCAAUUCUUCAAGAUAUGAUGGUAGAAAUAGAUUACGACGCAGACGGAACGGUGUCCUUGGAAGAAUGGAAACGAGGAGGACUUACAACAAUACCUCUUCUAGUUCUAUUGGGAUUGGAUGCCAACGUGAAAGAAGACGGCAACCAUUUGUGGCGGCUAAAGCAUUUCAGCAGGCCAGCUUACUGCAACCUUUGUCUUAACAUGUUAGUUGGUUUAGGGAAGAAAGGAUUGAGUUGUGUAUUUUGCAAAUAUACUGUUCACGAAAGAUGUGUCGCUAGAGCUCCAGCAAGCUGCAUAGCAACCUACGUAAAAAGUAAAAAGUCUUGCCAAACGUUACAGCACCAUUGGGUAGAAGGAAAUUGUCACGGAAAAUGUGCCAGAUGUAGGAAACCCGUGAAAGCAGGCAUCACAGGACUACAUUGUAGGUGGUGUCAAAUAACGUUACACAAUAAGUGUGUGGCCCAAGUUAAAGCGGAAUGUGGACUUGGAGAACAUGCCGUCCAUAUUUUACCACCAGUCUCCAUAUGUCCCAUUGUAUUAGAUAGACAAAGAUCUGUACAAAAAAGGGGAUCCAAAUACGGGCAUGAUAAUGGCACCAUAUCACAAAACAAGCAACCGGCCAUGUCAUUCCAAAUAACGAUAUCCCCAAGUUCCGUACCCCUGUUGGUCUUCAUUAACCCGAAAUCAGGCGGCCGACAGGGCUCCAGAAUCCUCAGAAAGUUUCAAUACAUACUCAACCCGAGACAAGUACAUAUCCUGGGCGGUGGUAGUGGUCCCAUGGCUGGUCUUAGCAUGUUUAAAGACGUUCCUAAUUUUAAAGUAGUAUGCUGCGGAGGAGAUGGUACCGUUGGAUGGGUAUUAGAAACUAUGGAUAAAGUCGAACUAGAAUGUCAACCACCAGUAGCAGUGAUUCCGUUAGGAACAGGAAACGACUUAGCCAGAUGCCUUCGUUGGGGAGGAGGAUACGAGGGGGAAUCUAUACAUAAGAUGCUACACAAAAUUGCUAGAGCUUCCACUGUUAUGCUAGACAGGUGGAUGAUCGAUUUAUAUGAUACGUCACCUCCUGAUCCGGACCAGAAAAUACCAGAUACCAGAAUCCCGUAUAAUAUUAUUAAUAACUAUUUUUCUAUAGGAGUGGAUGCUGCUAUUUGUGUCAAAUUUCACUUAGAACGAGAAAAGAAUCCGGAAAAAUUUAACAGUAGAAUGAAAAAUAAACUUUGGUACUUCGAAUACGCUACUUCGGAACAGUUUUCGGCCUCUUGCAAAAAUCUGCACGAGCACAUCGAAAUAAGCUGUGACGACCAAAGUCUGGAUUUGGCGAACGGUCCACCUCUGCAGGGAAUAGCUCUACUAAAUAUUCCAUAUACUCAUGGAGGUUCUAACCUUUGGGGAGAGCACCUGUCAAGCACGAGAAGGAAAAAGCCGAAAAAGAGACAAAAAGAACUUAGUACGAGCAGUUUCAAUUCUGUGGAUCUUAGUGUGGCGAUACAAGAUAUCGGAGAUGGGCUGAUAGAAGUGAUAGGCCUGGAAAAUUGUCUACAUAUGGGCCAAGUUCGGACAGGACUGAGAGCUAGUGGCAGAAGAUUGGCACAAUGUUCCUCAGUUUUGAUCAAGACAAAAAAGACUUUCCCCAUGCAAAUUGAUGGUGAACCUUGGAUGCAACCUCCAACCACAAUACGUAUCACUCACAAGAACCAAGUGCCGAUGUUGAUGGCACCUCCUACAGAGAAAGGCAAAGGCUUCUUCAGAUUCUUCCGUAGGUAGAAACCUAUUACCCUUUACCUGAAAGUGAUAUUAUAAUAUUCAAAUUAUUCCUUAAUCUAGUCUUCGAAUAUUUUUAAUUUUUAAAAAUGACAAUAAUAUUAUUUAUUCUAUAUAUUUUGUGUAAAGUUAUACAUGGUGUCAGUAUUAUUUUUAUUUUUCCGUUGUACAAAUACAUAAAUAACAAAUCAUAUUUAUCGACGGGAUGUCUCAAAGUCAAAAAUUAUAUUAUAGUUAUAUUUUUUAGUUAUAUAAUAUAAAGUUUUACACAAAUCGUACUAUUUCAAUCAUCAGUAUUUUUCAAGUCUGAAAGCUUUCGAUCUGAGCAACGUUUUUAUUAACAGUAGAGCUUAGGUAAUUCAUCCCGUUUAAUGACUAUGUCAUUUUUCUUAAUUCAGUUUAUUUCUUUAGAUUAUCUUGUUCACUUUAUGGAGUCCUCCUUAAGGUAGACUGUGAUCAUCCCCAGUAGAUCCCUCAGUUGACUUAAAAAGUUACAUCAUACCACGAAUAAAUCACAAUUAGAUGAUUAGAGAGUGACCGAAAUUAAUAAUUGACGACCCUGGUGCAAGAACCGGGUACCGGGAACUCCAUUUUUAACUGAAAUUGAGUUAUUGCAUGCGGCAUACAAAGUUUUGCAGUUGCGUAUAUUUUGGUGCAGGAACCGGACAAAUCCAACGAAUCUUCGUUAAGUUAGCAUAGCAAAGGAUUUAUCUGAUCAACCAUUACGGUGCAAGAAUCAGGCAAGUCCAGGAGUUAUCUGAUCUUACCACCGAAAUGGUCGAUAGUGGGAGAUGUCGGAGUAGAGAUAACGCUCACUGGUCCGGUGAUAAAGUGGUACUGGUGUUUAGGUGUUUUAUUUUCAGUUUUGAGAUUUUGUUAAUAAGAACACGUUGUAAUUUUGUGUUAAGUAUACGUUUUAUACGUAAUGUCGUCGGAGUCGGAAAUCGAGAACGAUCCUCUUCAUGAUUUGGGUAAUAAAUAUGCUCCGAGUUAUUUGGGCCAACGUAGUACAAGUCGUACAUCGAAAAGAAGGAAAAUAAAACAAAAAAAAAGCGAGUAUACAGACGUUUGGGAACACGAUUUGGCACGUCAAGUUUUUACAUAUAUCAUGAGCAGACCGCUAAGAAAGGAAGUAUGUAUUAGUCAAAGAAAAAUUAGUCAAAUACAUCUUCAGUACCCCGAGCCAGGACAUAGUUUUCUACCAUGUGAUAGGUCAUUUUUACUCGUAGAAAAAAAUAAAAGGAAGAAUAAAAGAAUAUAUCAGGAUGGAUAAAGUUAGUUGAACAAACUUUGAAAAUAUUUAAAGUAGUUCCUGUAGAACAAGAGAUGAUCCUUUUCGGAUCAUUUUGAACUUUUUAAAUAAUCAGCACCCAAAUGGCAAAAAAAAAGAAAUGUUUGCUAUAUCAACCUAUAGGUUAAUGAGGUAUAUAAAAAAUUAUCAGUUUAUUGAAUGGUCUUUAAGUUCGGGAUUUGUUGUUUCCACAAAAAUUUUUAUGAAUCAAAAAGGAGAUACCUAUAACAUUCUCAAUGCCUAAUAAUUUAGCAUACUCAAAGCCCUUGGAUAUAAACCCUAAAAUAAUUAGGGAUUUAAGAGACAUAAGAAAAUGUGUAAUUUUAAAUGAUCAAGGUUAUUAAAACCGCAUGUGUGAAAACAGUAUUGAUGAAUAAAAUAAUUAUUUGAUUAUUAUAUUUCCAUUUACGUAUUUUUAUAUUACGGGAUUUUUGGGAAAAAAAACAGGCAACUCCAUUUUUUCAAAACAAAAUUUUUGCGUCUACAAUAUGAAUGAAAAGUAGUGGUUGAAUAAAUAAGGCUUGUCCAAUGUUCCUCUGGAAAGAUUAAUCUUAUUGAGCAUAAUUUAUUCACAUUUUCUAAAAAUAUUAAAUUUUUUUUCGAUUUCCCAACACAUCAGAAAAGUGGAGUUGUCCGAUUCUUGCACCGAGGUCUACAAUUUGGCUUUUUAAUGGCCUGAGAAGUAAAUUAUUAUUGACUGUACGAAUCUAGAAGGUCAGAGGUUGACGUGAAGAGAAUAAAAGAUGUCUUUUAUACUCCUAACCUAAGAGAAACUGGAGAAAAUUGGCGCGGAAUCGGCAAGGUUGGAGGCAUAGUUUGAAGGAGACCAAGGCUCGAUUGGGACUGUAGCUCCAUUAGAGAAUAGAAUUAGUUUGUACAAUCCGCAACAAGCCUUAACAGGUUGCAAAAUAAAAUGAUUAGUGUUUUGCUGUAACAAUAAUGCGUUAUAAUAAAAAUAAAAUUUGCAAUAUUAGCCCUGUAAAUGGAAAGAAAUUACUACCACAGUCCAACAAUUGCCUACCAUACUCUAAGGUUAUUAGCAAGAUAAAGAUGUGUAAUCUUUCGAAGCAUGUUUUUGAUCUGAAUUAAAUUUCCAAAUUUCGCAUCCAAAUAAGAGGACAGUCUUGAUAUUACUUUUAACAUGUUGAAUUUCGUUUCUAAAUUAGCCUUUAGCUUUAUGUGGCUGAAAGUUGUCCAAGGAUAUCAUAACCCCCUAUAGUAAUGCUCUCUAUAUUGUUUAUGCAGCAAAGUAAAUUGAUCACAGAAUCCAAUUUAAAAAAAGUUAUAUACAGUUUGAUGAAUCAUAAAUUCUUUACAAUAAAAACCAAUUUAAUUUUGAACAUUAAACGAAUUAAUACUGUUUUGGAUUAUCGCGACAACGAUACUGGGCAACAUAAGAAAUACGAAAGUAAAUUGAUGUGAUAGUUAUUCCAAUCAAAAGAAUAAAAUCUUUAGGAAAUAUUUUUAUCUUCUUAUGUUACACAGUAAAUUAUUCGUUGUCGCUUUAGUCCAAAACAGCCGUAUAUUCAUGGAACAUAUUGUAGGUAAUUAGACACUAUUAAACAUGUAUGAAUAUGCUGUAUAAUAUACGUGGCUUAAAACUCAUUUCUUUUUAUAUUUAUUUAUAAACCAAGAUUUUUGAUUUUGAGAUAUUAGAGUCGAAAAAAUUAUAACUGUUUUGUUUACACUAUGAAAACUGGUAGCAGUAGUGUGUUUUCUAAGUGUAUAAAUUAAAAGACUAUGUACUGUUGUUUACGUGUUAACUACUUAGAUGUUUCUACUUAUUUAUUUUCGUUAAAUGUUAAGAUAGAUAAUUAUUGUAGCUGACGCUUUUUCGAUUCCUUAAAUUAUUACGACAUAGAAAAUUUUGCUUGGGUCAGUUUUUGAAUACUUCAACCUUUUGAAAACGUUAAGAGUGUACAAGUCAUAUAUACUUUACUUUUACCUUUAUCAAAAUAUAUUAGACUUUUCAUCAAAUUAUUGCUGAAAGUUCUAAAAUUCAAAAAGAUUUUGCCAUUAUCUGAACAAAUUGAUAUAUAUUUGUAUGUAUAAAAAUGGUUAAAUUUGUUUAUAAAAGGUAUAUUUAUAAAAUACCUAAAAAGAGUUACAUCAAAACAAAACGUUUUCGGAAUUAGAAUUCCAUCAUCAGUGUUUAUUUCAGGUUAGCAUGUCUGAGCCACCAAGCUUAUUAUUAUUACCAAUUAAGUUAUUAGGGUAAAACCCCUUUAAAUGUUUUAAAGUUUUAAAAAAAUGUACAUAAUGUUGUGAAUUUAAAUUGUUAGGACGUUUCAAAUUUUCCUGGAUUUAACUUUGGGCAACAUAUAACUUUCCCCAUAUGGGUUCCAUUCUCUGGACAUUGCAACCCACAUGGGGAAAGUUAUAUGUUGUCUGAAGUUAAAUCUAGAAAAAUUUUAAACGUCCUAUUAAUUUAACAGUAGGUAUGUACAUUUUUUAAAAACUUUAAAAAAUUUAAAGGGUUUAUGCUGAAACCUGAAAUAAACACUGAUGAUGGAAUUUUAAUUCCGAAAACGUUUUGUUUUGAUGUGCCCCUUUUUAGGUAUUUUAUAAAUAUACCUUCAGAUGCACUUCUAUAAAGAACUGCAUCUAUAAAAUAUCUUGUGAAUGCAACAAUUUUUAUGUGGAAGAAACCUCCAGACCACUAAGUGUUAGGAUAAAUCAGCAUGAAUCAUAGAUCCGAAACAGAGACUUUGAUUAAUUCCAAUUAUGCAAACAUGCCUGUGACAAUGAACACAGAGUACAAAGGAAAGUUGUAUCAAUAGUCAGCAAAUAAAUAGACAGCAAAAAAAAAGAAAAAUCAAAGAAGUAGGCCUCACCAAAGAAGAAAAAUAUGUAGCAAAAAUAUCAACAGAAUGUAGCACGUGCUGAUACCAAUACUAAAAGAAGAAUUGAACAAUCAGAAUAUACUAACUUUAAUGGAUCAUUAGGAGGUCAGAGACACAUUAUCUAUAAUUAACUACAUAAGUAUACAAAAAUGAGAAUUUUAUAUCAAUGCUAGGGUAAAACAUUACCCUCGGAAUUUCAACUCAAAAAUAUGGCUGUUUUGCCUACAAGAUCUUAGAAUGGAGAACAAGAUGCACGACAAGAAGCAUGGGAAGAAAUGGCUAGGUGAUACCAGAGCAGUAGCAGGCAAACCGUGGAUUAGAUUGGCGCAAGAUGAAAAAAGAUGGAAGCACUUGGAAAAGACCUACAUUUACGAGUGGAUGGAAAAUGGUUGACGAAGAAGAGCAGAAAAAAAUGCUACAUAUUGUCAGGCAGAGAUAAUACCCAAAAAGACCUACUAAAUAUCCUUAACCCAUUCCCGGACACGACUGCAUAUGCAGACACUUACAAAGGGAAAUUACUGUCUUGCAGUCGUGUCCGCGAAUGGGUUACCUAAACAUCGAAAAGUUGUUAUUUAAUGUUGGCUUUGAAGAUGAAGAAAACAAAUCUGUGAAUAUAGUUAUUUUUUGUAUGCUUUCUUUCAUCGGUUACAUUGAGUCUGGUCUAAUUUUAUAUCUUACAAUUUCACACGUAUUGAAUUAUUAUAAUCUUAAAUCACCAUUGCAAAUAGUUAUAACGUUAUAAGCAUUUACAGUAUUAAGUUGUCCUGCAGACCUUGUACUUUGUUUCCAAAAUGUUGAAGUAUUUCAAAUAUAUCAAUUUUAGCUGUAAAAUCUUUUAUAGAAUAUCUGUUAGAAACAAAAAUUAAACAGUUAAGUAUACUGUCUAGAAAAACUAUAGGGACCAUAUUUUGCUUGAACUGAAUUCCUUUAAAACAAUGUACACAAUUAUUAGGCGAGUAGGGACUUAUUUUUCAUAAGAUCUGCGACUUUAAUUUAUUUAACCCUCUAUCAAAUUUGGAUACAGAUAUUAUAAAACUAUUAGUUAUAGUAAGUGUAAUCUCCUUUGUACAUUGAUGACUUUGAUCUGCUAAAGGCUAACGUCGCACUAGAAAUAUAUCUUAUGAAUCUUUCUAUACCUGCUAACGCAUAUAAAAAUCCAUAAGAUGCAGUUCUAUUUAAUCAAUAGCUUAGUUUUUGUAUAGCAGUGAUCAUACUAAAGCAAUUACUGAAUUCUUUGGAAAAUUAGUCGAACUAUUACUGAGUGAAUACAAAUCUUUCCUUUCUAAAUUGUUUAAUCUGUCUUAAAAACUGUAAUCGUAGGUGUCUUGUAUCAUCUUUUUCAAUUAAAAGUUUUCUAUUAUUUUCCUUUUUUUUUCAACAGAAUCCAAGGUCUACUCAUAUUCUGGUUCACCUGUACUUUCCACUCAAGAGUUCUUACGUAUAGAGUCUAUUUAACAGGUUGAGUCAGCCUCUUUUUCCCUGCAUUGCCAAAGAGUCAUUUGAGUGCCAUAUAUGAAACUUAGUCCAGAAGAUAAACUCAUAUAUUGAGGGCCAAAUUUGGUACUCGGUAUAAUUUCAAAAAAACUAACAAAUAAAAUCCGUCGUGGCCUCAUGGGUCAACAUGUUCUAAAAGAGCUGCAGCGUAAAUGGCAAGUUAACUGUGUAUCACAUUUGGUACCCAUGACAAUCAACCUGUUAAACCAGUAGAUUUUACCAUGUGUUGUGAAUGUGAAUUAUACCAUUGUAAACUUUUAAGGCUCUUGUAAAAGUACCUGUCGGAGGAACAUGGUCGGUGAAUGAUGAACUUCCAGGUUGACUUGUAAUAAUUUAUCAAAAUAGUACGAUUCCUUUUGCUUUCACUCGAAAAUGCCUGUAUAGACAGAACUGUUAAGUUAUUCCAAUACAUUGGCAAAAAUUCCUCAGAUUUUGAAGACGAGUAACAUCAGAAUCAGGAACUUAACAAUCAUCCAAGAUACCAGAGUAUUUAAAAUUCAAUAUCUAGCCCAAAAUAACUUCUACACCUGUCAAAAAUUCUGCUCAGGAAAAUAUGAACUUAAAAAAGAAACCAAAAAGAAAUACAAUGAUAAAAUAAAAUGUGGUCUUGGAAGAUAACAUUGAUGACGAUAAGAAAGAAGUUAAUGACAAUUAUUUCAUAUUUAACACAAGUACAUUAGGCUCAUUUCGCACCAAGCGAGUCCCGUCCAGUCACGUCCAAUCCAGUCAGACGUUCCAAGAUUCGUCCAGCUGUGUUAUAAUCAUUGACCCAAUCACAUACAAUCGAGUCGAGUCGCAUCGAGUCAAGUCGACAGGUCGAAUUUUUACAUCAGUGUACGAUAACUUGUACAUAUGUGAAAGUAUGAAUAUACUUUCAGAGAAUGUGGACUGUAAUUAGGUUAGGUUAGGUUCAAAAGGGAAGAUAAAAUAUAAGGUUGUAUACAGACAAAUUAACAUGUGUAUAAAGUCUUACAAAACUGUGAAGCCUUGUACGGGACACUUAAGCCGGUCACAUACGAGAUGACUGUUUUCGCACCACGUGCCUCGCGUUUUGACUGUUGCGAAAUCCUGUAUGGCGUCACUCCCGAAUUACUGUUCGUGCACGUAACGUACGUAUUGCUAUUUCGUUUCAGCCCAAAAGAAAGGCUGAGAAGGUCGAGAGGGACACACCCUACGGUGGGUAUAGCAGGAGAGCGUUACUUCUUGACCGUAGAACGGCUGAUGAGAUAGAGAGAUGCUCACCCUUGGACGGGUGUCGGUGUAGAGAGCAAUUCUCAUUCGCAAAUUGUCCAAAUAUUGUCUAUUGGAAGUGAUUGAAAGGAGGGUAUGAACUAGGUGGUACUGGAGAGGACAGGGUUGGCCUGGUACUUAUUUAAAGUUAAGGGUUGUAAUUAGAGAUUUAAUGCAGUAAAAAAUAUAAGAAUAUUUUUUGCAUGUGAAAAUUGAACAAUCAGUCUUGCUCAGUUACUGCACGAUAAUCAUAUUUAAAAGGGGAUAUUGAAAAACUGAUAUUAUUAGUUCCAGAUAAUGAUAAAAUUUAUAAUCCCAAAAACCCGAAACAUCGAAAUAUAGCAUUGAUUAAAUGAAACAAUAAAUCUAUGCUCAUUCGAAAACAGUUGUAAAACUUUUUAGAAUCAUCUAGUAAAUCUGGAAACAUAUGACUGAGUGAACCAAAAACAGGUCUUCUAGUAUUUAAGGGAUGAACCCAAAAUAGUUUUCCUCGUUGCCUCAUUUUCGUUCUUCAAAUGCGACGUAACAUUACUGUUUAAACAACUACCUCCCGUCUCUACAUGAACGACUCCACAAGACGUAUUCAGUGUAAAAGUGAUUGACUGACUUGAUUUGACUGGACUUGACUCGACAGGACUGGACUAUAUUGGACUCGUUUGGUGCGAAAUGAGCCUUAGGUGAGCAAAACUUAUGCAGGCUAAGACGAAUGGUUUAUUUAACGGAUGUGUGAGGAAAUUAUCCGGCAAGGGUUCUUUAGGUAGGUCUAGACUCAACUAGAGGGCUAAGAUCAAAUCGCAUUAACAAAAAACUUCCACUAAGGAAUGCGAUGCUAAAAAGAGGGAGUAUAUACAGCUGCGGCCAUUGAAUAGUUUACACCCCUACAUAUCUAUAUAGUAGCCGAUUUGAUUAAUUUUUACCUCGUUUAAACGCACACUCUACCUCAAAUUGACGUAACCAGAGGAUUCAGAACUGUUGAGUAAAAUUAAAAAAUCAAAAUAGAAUAAAUCUAUUUUACAAAAUGUAACAAAAGAAAUUACAUAAAGAAGUCUUUUUAAUAAAAUUAAGUUGACAUUAUUGCAUUUGGGAGUUGCUCGUGUUUUUGCGCUUUACUAAAAGGUAUUCUAGGCAUUUUGGACGUGUUUAAUAGCUUUUUAUUUUGUUAGUAAAUACGCGCAAAAUUUUUGACAAGUACAUUGACAUUUAUCAAAUCAGUACGAUACUGCAAUUUUACAGUUUUACAAUGUAAUGAAAGUGUAAACUACUCAGUGACCGCAGCUGUAGUAUUAUAGCUGUGUAACUGUAUGUAUUGCGAUGCGGCGCAAGUUUUAACAUUAUCCAUUUUGCUGUAGGUCACCUUUUAACUUAAAAUUGCUUUUCAAAUAAUUUUCAAUAAGAUCUAUGUGUGUGGAAAGAUUGAUAGGCUGCAUCAAUAUUAUUUGUCGUCACAACAAUAGUAUUCUAUUCCGUACAAUAUAGAUUACACUGCCCACUGCUAAAUAAAAAUCUGGAAUUAUAGUCUUAAGUAGUCAACACUAAUAUUUUUAAGAGUUUAAUAUUAUGCACGCGUACAAAUCUUCUUUAUGAAUCUCGCAUUUAAAUAAAAGGGGGUUAAAUAUUACAGCUUUUAUUGUGUUAUUAAAGGAAUUAAACUAAAUAGAAAAUUAUUAAAUCUCUAAUAUCUACUAUAGUCUGGUACGUAUAGACAAAGUUUUAUUUGCUAGUGGUUUCAUCUACCAUAACACAUCUAGGAAAACUCCUGAUCAAAUUAAUAUUAAUAAUAAUAAAUAUCAUAUUUAUAAGAAUUUUUCUAAACAGCGUUAUAUACAGUUAAACAGCGAAAGGCUAGCAGGAAGAAAACGACUUUUCUUAUUUCAAAACUCAUGAAUCUGGUUUAAUGUAUAUGUUAUAGUCAAAGCCCGAAUUUCAGGCACUCCUAGGUUUGACUAGGCAAUCCUCAGGUCUGACUGACGGUCUUAGUCAAAGCCCGAAAUAAAUUACAGUUUCGGCCUUUGACUAGUCAAACCCAGGAGAGACUACGUUGAUCAGGCAAAGGUCGAAAUUUAAUUUUAUGAAAUCUGGGUUUGACUAGUCAAACCUGUUGCACUUAAACGGCAUUAAGGGGACGAUUUCUUAAUAUUGUUGACACAAUAAAGCGAUCAUCACGAGCAGUUGUAAGUCGCUUUCUAUCUGUUUCAGGACGUCUACGACUCUUCAUAACGUUGGAAUACUCUUCGAACCGCUGAGCGUGUCAUAUCUAGUUGUAGGUACAGCAACAGCUCGCUGGCUAAGUCCGUUUUCUAUUAACUUGAACACAAAUUAACUAUGAAAAACGAACAAUAUGCAAUUUUUAGUUUCAAAGGUAAUAAUAACAAAUUUUGACAAACCCCAUAUUAUCGUUAUAAAAAUAAAAUAAACACUUUUCUAUGUUUAUCGGUUGCUACGCUUAUAAAUGACAACCAAUCCAUAGAAAAUUUAUUUUAUUAAAUUAAAUUUUAUUAAGCGUAUUAAAUUAUCUUCCAAACAGUAUAUCCAUUUUUUGAUUCAAGUGAUUAGUUUCAGGAAUAAAUAUAGUUAAAGUCAAAAGUUUAAAGUGUGACGGUUUAUAAGCAAGCAAGUUUAUAAUAUACAACUUACACGCUUUUGGAUACGAGUAGAUAUUAGAAAUUUAAUAAAUUAUAUACAUAUAAGAACAUUCUAGAACUGAAAGCUGUAGAAACAUGAAAAUAAUAAGUAACAUUUUGUGGAAACUAUAUAUCUAUUGUUGAUUAUUGUAAUUAGGCAUUUAUGAACCAUGCAAGGUGGACAAAAAAUGUUAAUAAGUAACAUUAAAAAAAUUAAACAAAUUAAAAAAACACUAACAAUUCCAAAUGAAAUUAUAUAUUAUAAAGAAAUUUAACGUAUCUUCCCUAGUAGUGAUUAGAUAACUUGUAUAUAACUGCCAAAUAUUUAAACUUUUGUAGAAGCAAAUUUUAAUUUUUUAUUCACCUUGUAUAUAUUAUAUACGCUUAUGCGUCUGUGUAUAAACUAUGUUUACGAUGGUUAAGUAUUUAAUAUUUGAGUUUAAGUACAAUUCAUUUAUGCAAAAUACAUUUAAAUCUUAAAUCUUAGAUCGAUGUCUUGAGUUUCAUUUUUCUCUGGAAAAUAUCUAGUAAUAACUAUGAGUACACAAUUUGAAAUAUUGUACAUUCUCUCAUAUAGAAUGUGUGCAAACUCUUUCGAAGCGAUUGUAGUUGUUUUUGAAGAAGAAACAGUUUUUCACCUCCAUUAUCAUCAAUAUCACACCACAGGAUUGAGCAUUCUUAAGGGCAUAGGCGCAAAAUAUCGCCCAAACAUGUUUUUAAUGCAUUCAUUUAUUUCGAAUCCUGAGAAAACUAAUAAGUAUUUUUGAAAAAUUUAAUAUUCCAUACAAAUAUUAUACUGUUACCGAGGGCCGGAAGUCCCUGAAAACUUCUAUAGUGGUUAUUUUUAAACUUUUUUGGUUAUUCUAAGGGGCUUACAGCCCUCGAUAAUAAUGUAAUCUUUCAUUCUGCAUUUAAACUUUUCAAAAAUACUUAAUAGUUUUCUCAGGAUUCGAAAAAAAUGAAUGCGUUUAAAACACACUGUAGCGACAUUUUGAGCCUAUGCCCUUAAAUGUUCUACACAGUUUGGCCACAGUAUAGUUAAGCCAGAUACUGUGGUUUGGCUUUAAUGUAUAAUAUCUUAAUAAAGUCCACGAGGAAAAAGUUUUCCUGUAGUUGGCUGUGUACCAUAUAUUACAAAAACGAAUAAAAUCCUUUACAAAAGGUAUAUUUGUUAAGAUCCCUAAAAAGGGCUACAUCACAGAACUAGUUUUCGAUCGGGUGACGGAUCAUCAUCAGUGCUUACGUGAUUCUAACAUGCUGACGUAGAUUCAAGGCGUUCGGUACCCAUCUUGAACAAGCGGUACGUGGCUGGGUACCACGUACUUAUUUAAGUCGUUCAUUUAGAAACACAGUACUACUGACGUCACUCGUGCGUCGUCGGUUUCCUCGAUGAAACCGUCGUGACGACACUCGUGCGUCAUGGACACCAAACGUGUUAAUGAAGAACAGCGCGUUAACCUAGGGCUGCAACAUUGCUCAUAAGUCAUCACGAGAUAACCAAAUGCGUCAGCUAAGAGCUGAGACAUCAUAAAACAUUUAAAGUGCUUAAAAUUCGGUUGUGUUACAGGCUAUUUAUCUAAACAGACAUUUAAGUAUGAAAGACGCCUAUCCUCAUAUUUUCAUGUAGCUACUCUAUUUAGUAUCAAUAAAUUCGUAUCUUUCA